AUGGGCAGGGAUGAACGGAUAGAGCUGGAGAAAAUUCAUGCCGCACUUUCUGUGGAACUCUUUUCUCUUCGCAGAGAUGUCAAUCGCCUCCUUGAUGCGCUGAUCGCCAAGUCCGGUUCGACAAUUCAAUGCAGCUCACCAAAUCAAGGCCAUGAGGAGAAGGAGGACCUUGAUUACUCUUCAGAGGAUUCUCUUUAUGAGACACUCUAUGACUCUUAUGCUGCAGGUAUUCUGCGGAAAGAUACGCGCAGGCGUCUCAGCCCGUUGGUGCCAUAUCCACACUCGAGACACAAGGUUAAGGUAUGUCCGGUCUCCACUCAUAUAGGUGUUGCCGUCCGGUUGGGAGAGCCGUGUGUUGCUACCGUUUGUACUUGGUCGUGCUUUGGCAAGAAUGACCAGACCGUGAUAGAGCAUCUAAAGCCCUACCACACCAUAACCUCCAUCUACCCCCCUGGCUUUGUGUCUAAGCGCAAAUUUUACAACAUUCGCGAGCCAUCUCGCCGCGUGUACUACCUUUCUACCAUCGAGCCUGGUCCACUUUUCAAAAUCUACUUGCAGUCGGAUCCAACGCUGAAAUGGGCUUCUCGACAUUCCACAGACGAUGCGUUUCAGCAAUUAAUAAGCGCAUUGGCGAGCACGACUGCCAUUUCCGAUUCUGACUGGCCAAUUUUCACAUCGGGUGACGAUUUUUUUGGCCUGGAGCACCCCGUAGUCCGCAGACAGAUCGAGGAGAUGCCAGGCGCCUGUUUUUGCAUUGGCUACUACCGUUUUGCGGCAGACCCCCUAACAUGCACAUAUCCAUAA